UAAUGCAUAUGUAUGGAAUUGUUUAGAUUACGCUGAUAAUAGCGCUAAACAAGAAACAUUGUGUGUCAAGUUUAAAACAUCUACACAAGCAAAACAAUUUGAGAGCGCAUUUAAUGAUGCUAAAAAAAUGAAUGAAGAAAUUAAUAAGAAAAAAGAAUCAUCGAAUGAUCAGAAAUCAAGCAAAUCAGCUGAACCAACCGUACAAAAUGAAACGAAACCAGCUAUAAGUGGCCAGAAACAACAGGAGAAACCAUCGACGACAAUUAAACCAGCAUCAGAACCUAAACAGCAAAUAGAAGCAGUUGUCGAAGAUGAUGACAUAAUAUUUGUUGGCGAAAAAUUACCCACAAAAGAACAAAUGGAUCGUGCAGAAGAGUUAAAAUUACCUUCAACUUUUUUCUUGUAUGAAGAUCGGGAAUCAUCAUGUACAGGUUGUGUUGGUUGUCAAACAAAAACACCGUCGGAAAUAUCGACUGCGGGCCAUGUGGACAUUGAUGGGCAAUUUUCUGCUGUUGUUGUUGAGAAUGCUGGGGUGCCCUCAAAUUUCCCUUGUAACAGUCAUCCUUCUUGCCUAAUAUCAUUACUACCGAUGCCCGAAUCAUCCUUUUCCGAUGCUUAUGAUUAUUUUAAUCAAUAUCGAAUUAUUGUUAAAGCAAAACGUUCAUUAUCAAUAGAUCGCGUAUCAGCACUGCCAUUGGCGUUAUGUUUUUACCCUAGUGAUAGAUUAGCUGAUAAACCAAUAAUGGCAGCAAGAGCAGAUAUCUCAUCCUAUUAA